ACCAGUUUGCAGGCGCCACACGCCGCCUCGAUUGGUAGAUCGGCGCGUCUGCUUGGCUUGAUUGAUGGUAUUCUCGCGCCCGUCCAUGGCAUUCGCGUCAUCGGCCACGCGCCUGUGAAGAUGCCGGUUCUGGCCACUCAGUCACAAGACGGACAUGUGCCCUUCCCCUACUCUAUACCCAAUCUAAUAGGAUGCAUUCACUGGGAAUCUUUGCUCAUGGCGGAAAAGGGUCCACAAAGCAUUGCAUGGUGGGGUAAAACAAAGGCCCCGCUGACGUAG